CCUGAUACCCAGAGUCUCAAACUCCCAACUCCCAACUCCCAGACUCCCUCCCUCUGCAGCACGCCCUCACUCAGUCAUCACCCUCGACAGUCGACAAAGAGCCCUACUCCUCCUCAUAGCCACCGGCCAACCGCUUACUCCUCCUCACAGCCACCGGCCAACCCACCCUCUCCUCACAGGCGGCUGGAGUGGCGGAUUUGAAGAAAAUGACAAGGCCAUUUGCAGUAAAAGCUGGUAAGAAAAGGAAGAGAAAGGAAGCUAAGUAUGACAAGGAGGAAGCAGAAGUGAUGAAAGAAGAGGAACAAACUGUUACAACUAGUGUAAUUGAAGAAGAUGAAAAAGUAGUGGAUGAUGUUGUGAAAGAUUUGCCCGGGAUUCCGAUCACCAUUUCGGAUCAAAAUAGCCGUUCCGGUGCCAUUUUCGUCCUUGAAAGAGCUUCCCUUGAGGUUGCCAAAGUUGGCAAGACCUACCAAAUUUUGAACUCCGAGGACCAUGCAAAUUUUUUGCGGAAGCAUAAUAGGGACCCUGCAGAAUACAGGCCGGACAUUGUUCAUCAGGCUCUUUUGAUGAUUUUGGAUAGCCCCUUGAAUAAGGCUGGGAGGAUUCGAGCUGUGUAUGUUAAAACUGAGAAAGGCAUACUUUUUGAGGUUAAGCCUCAUGUUCGUAUUCCGAGAACAUAUAAACGUUUUGCUGGCAUUAUGUUGCAAUUGCUACAGAAGUUGAGCAUAUAUGCAGCUGGCAAGCGAGACAAACUCUUCCGUGUGAUUAAAAAUCCUGUUACUCAGUAUCUACCUCUUAAUUCCCGUAAGAUAGGCUUUUCAUUCAGCUCGGAUAAAUUGGUUGACAUUCAGAAAUAUGUGACUGCUGUUAAAGAGGAUCUCAACUAUGUCUUUGUGGUUGGUGCGAUGGCUCAUGGAAAGGUUAAUGAUGAGUACGUUGAAGACUACAUAGCAAUCUCUGGCUAUCCGAUGAGUGCCGCAUGGUGUAUAGCUAGAAUUUGUGAGGGCUUGCAACAGAAAUGGAGCAUCCUGUGAUUUCCAUGAUGGGUUAGUAUUAGCUACUUGUAUUCUGAAUCUUAGCCGACCUUGAACCUUCACUUGUAGAAGUACAUGCCCAUGCACGAAGCUUAAUUUUUGAUAAAUUUAUCGUGUUCGAUUGAAAAUUCACAUUUAUCAGAGUUGGUGCUUUAGCUAUAUUUCCAAAAAUGUACUAGUCAAAACUUUAAGGUUCUUUAUGGUAGAAUUUAUAAUUACUAACUUGAAAAAAAAGUAGUGUUUUUCAUUUCUUCUAUGAAAGAAUAAUUUGAUUUACAUGUUAAAAUUAAUUUAAUAUUUUUUUGUUAAUUUAUGUAUAAUUUUUAUUUAUGUGAAAUCUAGAUGAUGUUUGCUAUUAUG